AUGAAGGCCAUCCGCUUCUCCCUUUCAGCCGCCGUCUGGGCGGUUGUUGGCUUCCGCCAGGUCCUGGCUGAUGUCCGCAUCCCGGCUAUUCCCCAAGGCAGGGAGGGUCUCACCGAUAUUUGCAUUAGGGUUCUCAACCAAGCGCUCAACUGCGACGCCUCUCUGAACUGGGCGACUGAGACCAACAAUUUUUACAGCAAGAAGACUAUUGAAUUGCUCUGCACGUCCAAUUGCAGAGCUUCUCUCGACGGGUACAUGGAACAGGUGAAGUCCGCCUGCGAGACAAGCCGGUACGCUGGCCGUGAUGGCUUCAGCUACCACGCCGGCUACACCGCUCAGCUGGUGUGGGAGAGGUUCAACAUACUCUGCACGUCCAAUCCUGCCGGUGAAAACUGCAAUCUGCUCCUGGGCAAUCUGGCCGGCGUCGAUCCCGAGACCCAACAGCGGACAGCCGCGGGUGACCCGAGUCUGAUGUGCAACGAUUGCGCCCUAUCCGUCGUCAAGACCCAGGUCGAGAUGCCCCUCGCGUCCAACGCCGAUAUCUCCAGCGCCCUCAGCUCGAUCGCGUCGUCCUGCAAGACGACGGUAGCCGUCACCCCGCCCCCGGCCGCGAGCCCUCCCUGGGUCAAAGACGGAGACACGUGCCAGUCCGUCGCGGAGAAGCAGCGCAUCAACACCGCUCAGCUCCUGAUGGCGAACAACCUCCUAGCCGGGUGCUACAACUUCCCCACCGCCGUCGGCACCGCGCUUUGCAUUCCCUCGGCGCUCACGUGCGAUCCGUACAUUGUGAAGAGCGGCGACACCUGCACUACCAUCGCCAACAUUGCCAAGGCCACGUGGGCUCAGAUCGUGUCCUGGAACGCGGACCUGGGGAGAUCGUGCCAGAAUGUGAGACGCUACGCCGGCAAGGUGGUCUGCAUCUCGAACCCGGGAAGCACCCGGGCUGGGUCCGGCUCGGGCAUCACCGCUUCCAAGACAUCGACGGCGACAUCCGCCAUUGACACGGUGUUUACUCUCUCGAUGAGACCGAUCCCGAUGGACAACGGCCACACAAACGUCAUCAUCACCGACAUGUGGGCUGGGAACGAUGAAGAGGAAUUGUGA